GCUCAGACGCCAAGAGCCAGAUUGUCACGUCCGACCUGGCCACGGCCCACUGCUGCAGGCCACAGGAGGUGCCCUCUUUCCGCUUCGGCGGGGCGGACCCCGAGCUGGAGGCGGGACGCGUCCCUGGCGGGACGACGUGUUACGAGGGGGAGACCGUCUCGGAUCGCUGCCGCCGGCCAAGGCGUCAGCACCACGCCCGACGGCGCCAGGUACGAGGGCCAGUUCGUCAAGGGGAAGAAGAGCGGCCAGGGCACGUACCGCUACCCCACCGGCGCCUCCUACACAGGGCAGUGGGCGGACGACUUGCAGGAGGGCAGCGGGCAGGAGGCGUGGGCGGACAGCUCGAAGUACGAGGGCGAGUUCUGCCGCGGCAAGAAGCACGGGCGGGGCACCUUCGUCUGGUCCAACGGCUGCAAGUACGUCGGCGAGUUCGACCAGAACGACAUGCACGGGGAGGGCCACUUCGUGUUCAACGACGGCGGGCGGGGGCGCCUCUGCAGGGCGGCGGCGGGGCACGCGGCUCAGGCCGGUGCCACGGCGACGGACAGCCUGCCCUGGGGCGGUGCGAUCUGCAGGCGGAGGCAGGUGUACGGUCCAGGCGUUGCCGAGGUGCCAGCCGCAUCUGCGGUCAGUUGA